AUGGAUUGCUUCGUCCGCUUGUUCGGGCUGGCCAUCGCCAACGCGGUGUGCAUCGGCGGCACGGCCCUCCUCAUCAACUCGCUCGUCCGGCGCGCGCGGAAGCCCCACAGCACGAGCGACAUGGUCACGCUCUCCAUCUUCUUGGUCGUCUGGGUCAGCAUCAGCGCCUGCGUCUACCCUGCCUUCUGCGGCGCGCUCUUCCCGUGGUCCGCGCUGGGGCGGUUCCUGCGCUCGCCUCUGCGCGGCCUCGCCUGGCUGCUCUGCCUGCCGUGCCGGUGCGCGCGCACGGCGAGAGCCCGGCUGCUGCGGCACCGGAGCAGCGGAGGCAGAGGCGGCGCUUCUGCUGCCUCUGGUUCUUUGCCACGGUUCGUGGUGCAAGGACGACGACAAGAAGGCCAUGCUGCCAUCUACGUGCUUGCGCGGGAGCCGCCAGUGCGGGGUGGGGCGCGGGUGGUCGCCAUGGACGACAUCCCGUCGUACGAGCAGGAGGACGUGAAGCGGCCGGACGGCCCGUCGGAGUGCGCGGUGUGUCUAGGCGAGGUGGAGAAGGGGGAAAUGGUGAAGCGGCUGCCGGGGUGCCUGCACAUGUUCCACAAGCAGUGCAUUGACAUGUGGCUGCGCGACCACUCGACAUGCCCGGUGUGCCGUUACAACGUCUUCUCUACGGUGCUACAAGUAGCAUGA